AUGAAAGAAGCUUCGUUGUUGACGCUAUUUCUGAUUGGUUUACUCAGUAUCGCCGUAACCGCCGUGGAAGGUAGGGAUUGUUUAACAGCACUCAUAUUUAAAAAUAUGAGAGCUCUCUAUAAAAAAAAUGCUCAACCAUUCUGCGUUCCUUUUUUAGUAUCAAACUUGUUUAACCAUCCCAUGAGAACUGUCGAUACCAGUUUACACAAUGCGAGAAUCAUGGGUCAAAACACAUUUAGUCUAAAAAGGACUUUAAACGGCUCUCUGCUUGUACGAGUGUGUUCAUGCGCAAAAUGACGAGUUUACUCACUUGGAAUAACUGACGUAUAAAGAAAAAAUAUGCAAAAUAGUUUGAAAAAUAUUUUUAAAACUGUACGAGCGACGUCUUAGAGAGUCAACACAGCCAGGAAUGAAACAGAGAAGGGAGUGUAAAAUGACUAAAAGGGUUUAUAGAAAAACGUGUGACCAGAUACUUUAUGCGCUGCUGUCCCAAAUCUCGUUUGACUUACUAAUUUUAAAAAAAAGUUCUUCCGACUGUUCUUCCGUGCAGUAUGUUUAUCAGCUACAAGAGUCAUAAUAGGAUCUCUUGCCAUGCAGCUAUCAUUUAUGAAUGGUCCUUUUGAUUUCUGUUUCUUUGAUCUGCGCACUUUGCAUCUCCUUGCAGUGUUAUUGCGGGAUGACCCUCUCGAGUUUACGGUGAUGUUACACGGGACGAUUCGCAACGACGAUUUUUAGCGCGACAUAGCGUUGCAUUCGAAGCAAUGUUGCAACGAUAUUGCAACGCUGUGUUGCGCUAAAAAUCGUCGUUGCAAAUCGUCUCGUGUAUAACAUAACCUUUAGGGACUAACCAGCCUCGUGUAAAUGCGUUUAGGAAUACUAGUGAUUCAGUUUAAGAGUUUUCUGCAGGCUCUUCAUUUGAUAAAUCACCCAGAAACAUCACUUGUCAUCCAAGAGGACAAGAUAGCCAGUGUGGAUAUAAAAAGAAAUGCCAAAAGAUAGGAGACACUUAUCAUUGCACUUGUGUAAAAGGAUUUCAGGCUAUUGAAGGUGCUUGUAAAGGUAAUUUUCAGACAACUAAUUUUGAUGCAAGAAGGUGAUUUCUAUAGUAACUUAUGAAAAGAACAAAGACAGACAAAUUGUUUGAAAGCCGAUUAGGGCUUAACGCGGGGUUAAAUUUAACCCAGGAUUCUUUUUCUCGUGUUCAAAAGCAUUUUCUCGGAUAAUUUUCUCUGCUAUUUUUAGAGCUUCCAAUCAUCAACUUGUAGACAGACAGAAUUAAAACUGAGACGCUUUUUAAACUUUCAAAUCUGAAUUCAAAUUUGGCACUAACCCUGGGUUAUCUUAAUCCAGCUUUGAACAACUCGGCCCUGGUGGUUUCUUGAGGUCUCCUCGCUAAAAGAUGUUGCUGUAAACUUACAUUGUAUUUAAGGCAAAUAAAUCAUGAUGAUGAAAUGACGAUGAACUUGUACAAAUAGUCGGAAACUGCGAACUAUAAUCUACGUCAAUGUAAAAAAUAUAACAAGGAAACUUUGAACGGAAUGCCAAGCCGAUCGGAGACAUCAGGCAUAGCCGCUAGAGUUCCUACGAGCCGUUUGCUUUGUCCAAUCAAAAUGUUUGACAAUGCCAAGAAUUAGUAUUUCAAACUGUUCAACCAGCGUCGCGUUUCGUUUCGGUGCAAAGAUAUUUGUAUUGGAAUGAAAACGAAAUGCUUCUUUCUAUCCGGUGUCUUUUUCAGAUGUGGAUGAAUGUAGGCAAAAGCAUUUCAGACAGCAGUGUAAGAGAAAAGGAGCUAUAUGUCAGAACAGCCACGGAUCAUACAAAUGCCAAUGUAAACAAGGAUUUCACAUGGACCUACACAAGCAACACUGUGUUGGUAAGCGGAUGUUUCGUUGGUAACAGGCUCACUUAGCGCGGAGGCACAAGCGCACAGACCAGCAAGCAACCUAGCGAACGCAGCGAGAAGGCGAAACUACCUGAUCUUCCUUGAUUACGCAGUGUGGACAUGCACAAAAACGUUCCCUGGAUCUAAAUAAGUUUAGGUCACUAUAUGGUACAGGAGUGGAACUAAAAACAUCACACCGACUUAGAGUCUCGUUCUUUAAUAUUACAGCUCGGAUGGUCCUCCACUCCCUUUCCAUGUUCCACUUGCCAGUUUUUCCCCAAACUUACAUUACGUAACAGUUCAUGAAUCCCUUCAUUAAUCUCGUACCCAGAUCUCUUCGAAUACGUCGUCAAGAGAUCUGGGUACCAGAUCGCGAGGAACGACACGCUACUUCAGAACGAACUGCAACUUUUUAACUGCAACUAUUUUGUUCUACCCUGUCAGUCUAUCCGCCUUCUUUUAAACGUGACUAAGUGUUGAUUGAAGGAAGGUAAGUCGAAAUUCUAAAUCUGUGCUUUGAAACUUUUUAGAUGACGAUGAAUGUGAGAAAAUGGAGUUGUGUCAUGAGAAAGCAAUUUGUGAAAACAAUGUGGGGUCCUUCCGUUGCUCAUGCGCAGUAGGAUUUGCAGGGGAUGGAGUUGAGUGCGUACUAGACAAAGUCUACGAACAGAAACAGAAGAUCAAGCUGACCAUCAUGAUCGGGGGCGCAUGUGGCGGGGGCAUCUUGCUUAUCAUCGCUUUAGUAGCGUUCUGUUGCUGCGCACGCAAGAGGAAGAAGGAAAAAGACAAAAAACAUGGAAACAAAAUUGAAAAAAUAGAAUCUACUCUCUCUGAAUAUGGACAGGAUUGGGAGAGUUCUGACAGCUCUGAAGACGACGAAUAA